AUGAUGAAGCUCGUAGCAUCCUUGCUACUCCUUCUUUGCACUUUGGAAUUUGGGAUCGCUAUUAUUCCAAGUUUCAACGACUUGGGCAAAAAGGCGGCACCUGAAUCUUCAGCUGAAUCAUUACCGAGUCUAUUGAAAAUCCAUGAUAUCAAAGAGCUUGAUUCUACGUGGGAAAGAUUUGGCAAUAUUGAGUUAGAUACUGGAAGAUUGAUCAUAAAGCAACCUCAAGGUGGAAUAUGGUCUAUUCCACAAUUGUCUAACUCGGCACACGAAUGGACUAUUGAGCUUGUGUUCAGAUCAUCAGGGGACUCCAAGAACGAUUUAGCGUUUGCCGAUUCAAAUGGACUUUCACUCUGGCUUACAGAUAGUGCCUCCAGGAGCAGGGACCAAUCCAAUUUUGGUGGUCCCUCCGCUUUUGAUGGAUUUCAAUUUUUGAUCAACAACAAAGACACAACGGGAAUGAAAAUCUUUAGUAAUGAUGGAUCGAAGCAGGUGAGAAAUUCGAUCGCUGAUUCUAUUGGCGAAUGCAGAUUUGAUUAUUUGGACUCGCAAGUCCCUUUUACAAUUAGAAUAAGCUAUUCACUGGCUAGAAACUGGUUCAAAGUGCAGUGGGACAAUUACUUAUGCUUCAAAACUGAUAAAGUGAAGAUCCCACCUUCGAUUGAUAAUUUUAACUUUGGUGUAACUGGCAUGUUAAAUCCUUCCUCAAGUGAGUUCUUCGAAGUGUUAAGAUUGUCAGUCUGGGAUCACUUAACGGAGGAUGCGAUUGAUGAUCAUGGAUUAAUGACUGAUGGAGUACUAAAAGUCGACUACAAGACUGUAAAUGUGGCAAAGGAAGAUGUAGUUCCACCUUCUGUGGUACGUGAGUCCUUGAUGGAAAGAAACAGAAAAAUCAGACAACAGAUGAAUGCUCAAGAAAUCAUUUCUAAUUCCGGUAACGAUGAGAUUGUAAAAAAAUUGGCGGAUAUUGAAGCUAUGUUUAGGGCCUCUAAUAAAGACGAUUCUCUCGAUAGUGGUAUCAUCGAAGCUCAACUUAGAGAGAUCAAGGUAGCUCAUGAAGAUUAUUUCGCUCAUUUUGAAGAAUUCAAACGUCAAUUAUUGGACCAGUUUUCAGGCUUGGUAUCGUCUAUCUCAAAACUCAACGAUAAAGUAAUUGGGGAAGUAAGAGAACAGCAGUUCACAAUUGAUGAACUAAGUAAAAAGGUGGAUCUCCUUAUGAAUAACCACAAAGAAAUCUCUCAUCAGUAUUCUGGGCUAGUUUCAUCGAAAGACCAAGAAGGCUCUUCGCUUGGGGACAAGAUUGUGAAGUGGAUCUUAAUUCCAAUUUUGAUAGGUUUACUAGUAUUGAUCGUAUUUAUCUAUAGAUUGAGAAAGGAUAUUAAGCAUUCCAAGUUGCUUUAA